CUGGUAUCUGGGGCCCUGCAGCUCCUCUUCCGGCACUUCAGCCAGAGCAGGAGGUCCUUCAGGCCUUCAAGCAGGUUCAACUGCUGGUUACCAGCCAAGAUGUGGACAACUACAAGCAGAUCAAGCAAGAUUUGGACCAACUGCGGUCCAUUGUGGAAAAAUCUGAGCUGUGGGUGUACAAAGGCCAGGGUCCGAUGAGACCAUGGAUGGUGCCUCUGGUGAAAAUGAACAUAAGAAGACUGAGGAGGGGAGCAGCAAGCCACAAAAGCAUGAAAGCACCAGCAGCUACAACUACCGAGUGGUGAAAGAGAUUUUGAUCCGACUUAGCAAGCUGUGUGUGCAAGAGAGCGCCUCGGUGAGGAAGAGCAGGAAGCAGCAGCAGCGGCUGCUGAGGAACAUGGGUGCGCAUGCUGUGGUGCUGGAGCUGCUGCAGAUCCCCUACGAGAAGGCCGAAGACACCAAGAUGCAGGAGAUAAUGAGGCUCAUGAAUUCCUGCAGAAUUUCUGUGCAGAUCCUGGAGGCAGUGACCAUGCAGCACAUCUUCAUGAACAACUUCCAGCUGUGCAGUGAGAUCAACGAGAGAGUGGUCCAGCACUUCGUCCACUGCAUCGAGACCCACGGUCGCAAUGUCCAGUACAUAAAGUUUCUCCAGACCAUUGUCAAGGCAGAAGGGAAAUUCAUUAAAAAGUGCCAAGACAUGGUCAUGGCUGAGGUGACAACCACAUAUUUCCAUCUCCCUCCAUCUGGUGUUCUGUAG